CCACGCUUCUCAGAACUUCAUAUGGAUCAUUUGUCUGUGGGGGACCACCAGUGUGUGAGGAGCAGAGUGGACAUGAAGCAAGAAGAAGAGGAAGAGAUCGAGAAGAAGCAGAAGGGUGUGUGUGAGAAAAGACAAGGUUGGACGCCAUGUUUCUUCCAGAGACCUGACAGAGAAAUGUACUUCUAUGUGGGUCAUGACAUCAUCGUGCAGGAGGCCUUGGACUCAUACGCUGGCAUGAUUUGGCCUGCAGCGCUGGCUCUGUGUGACUACCUGGCGUGGAACCAGCAUCAAGUGAGUGUGCAGGACAAGGCGGUGCUGGAGAUCGGUGCAGGAACUGGUCUUCUGUCCAUCGUGGCCUCGCUGCUGGGAGCCUGGGUGACGGCCACAGACCUUCCAGAGGUUUUGGGCAACCUGCGAUUCAACCUGAGCAAGAACACCAGGGGGCGCUGCAGACACCCCCCCCAGGUGGCCCCCCUGUCCUGGGACUCCGACCUGGAGCGCAGCUACCCCGCCUCCGUCUACCGCUACGACUACAUCCUGGCCGCCGACGUGGUCUACCACCACGACUUCCUGGACCAGCUCCUGGCCACCAUGAAGCACUUCUGCCAGCCGGGGACCACCUUGAUCUGGGCCAACAAGAUCCGGGUGGAGUCCGACCUGGUCUUCAUGGACAAGUUCCAGAAGGCCUUCCAGACCGAGGUGCUGGUGGAGGAUGGAGAGAUGAAGAUCUUCAUGGCCACCUGCGGGGGGAACGGGGGGAGGGGCCGGACAGGGGAGGGAGGCGGUUGCCGUGACAACAAGGAUGGCAAAUCUGAGGCGGAGUCAUAA